UUGACCAUCAUCUCUCUGCUCCUGCUGGCCUCUCUGCUGCGCCACCUGAUCCUCACUGUGAAUGUGGGUAUAGUGAAGGGCACAGAAGCAAAACCCCACUCCAGACCUUACAUGGUUUCUAUUCAAUCGAAUGAGAUACAUGUCUGUGGUGGAUUCCUCAUUUCUGAUGGGUUUGUGUUGACUGCUGAACAUUGCAGGAACACAGAUAUGAGACUGACGAUUGUGGUUGGUGCUCAUGUCUUAAGGGAAAUUAAGUAUUCAGAUCAUAUCGGAGUGAAGUCCUACAUCCAACAUCCAAGCAAUAUGGCAAAUCUUUCUUGGAAUGACAUCAUGCUUUUGAAGGUAACAGAAAAAGUCAGCAUUAACAACAAUGUGGAAUGGAUUUCAUUACCAAAGAAUGGAGAAGAUGUUGAUGCAAACACUCUCUGUAGUGUUGCGGGCUGGGGAAGACUGAAGACUGAAGGCCCAAAGAGCGAACGUCUAAUGGAGGCAAACGUGCAUUUAAUUAAUAAAACAGAAUGCAGUGUCAGUGUCAUUGAUUGGAUGGCUGCAGCAUGUGAUCAGUUUAUAUAAUACUAUUGUUAAUCC